GUUCUGAAAUUAAAAAUGCAUUUUAAUAAUUUAAAUAAUCUUUAAAUAUAUAUAUGUAUAUUAUUUUAUAGUACCUUGACCCCAUACACGUGUUAUUCUGUUACCUUAGGAAUAGAGUUGAAAUGGUGGAAAAUAAUCAAUAGCUCAUAUCAACCCUUCUUUAGUUUUUAAAUAGGCAGUGAUAUGUAUAUAUUUCAUUACAACUGAACCUUACAAUUGUAAACCUUACAAUAUGUAGAGUUUUUUUUUUACAUUAUGGAAUUUAAAAUAACUAAAUAUUCACCAAAAAAUAAAGAAGAAUUACCUCCAAUCAACAGACCUACUCGAUCAGCAACCGGUCAAAUAAUUAAGAAUCAUAUUGAAUCUAAACAACCAAUAGAGAUAAUAAAUAAAAUUGAUCCAUUGGUAUUGGCAGCUCAGUAUGAAAGAGAAAUUAAUCGAUUGAAAAUGAAUCACAAUCAAAUGUUAGAAGAACUGCAUAAAGAAUUAGAAGUAUUAAGGUCAAAAAAUCGAGACCUUUUAGAUGAAUUGAUUAUAAUGAAUGGUGGAAACUAUUGUUGCAAGCAUUUAGAAAAUUUAAGACAUGAAAUAUUAAAAUCUAAUGCGAGUGAUAAUCAAAAACAAAUAAGUGAUAUACUGUGUAAUGCUAAAAAUUAUCAGAUAUCUAUGGACACAAACAAUUAUAAAAAUUACAAUCAUAAGAAUGAACUACCAGAAUUAAUAGCUGUAGGAAACAAUUUCAUAAGUAAAGAUGACAAUGAGAAUAAAUCAAAUUUACUUUUGCAAGAUCAAUUAAAUAAAUGUAAUAAGCUUAUUGAUGUCCUUCAGAAAGAAAACAUUGAACAAAACAAUGAGCUAAAUUCAUUAAAUGCAUUAUUAAGUAAUGGAUUGAAGAUUUCUGGCGUUGGAUUGAAUAGUGGUUUAAUCAGAAAAAACAUGAAAACUAGUAAAAAAAUGAUAUCUUCAUUGUCACACUCUGCUAUUUCUUACUUUGAUAUUAUUAAUUCUGAAUCUAGAACCAGAACUAAACAAUAAAAACAUUUUCGAGCUCAAAGUAUACCAUAUCAAAGUCGAAAUCGAAGCACCUCGAAUCAACAAACUAGCACCACAAUGCUUAAAUUGCCAAAACUACGGUCACACCAGAACUUAAUGCAACAACCAUCCGAGUUGUGUCCGUUGCAGUGAAAACUACAGAACUGACACAUGUACCAAAAGUCGAGAGCUGCCUGCCAAGUGUGCGUUAUGUAAUGGAAAUUACCCAGCAAAUCAUCGUGUAUGUCUUGUUCUCAAAAACCUGCAACAAUUUCGAAAAAAAACAACUACCAAGCAAAAGAAACAUAAACAUAACUGAAGAAAACACAAAUUGUAUAAACCCAAUUCUCAAUAGUACCUCACACCCAAAUAAUUCUAAUAACAACCAAACCUAUUCUCAGGACACCCUACAAAACAAAAACCCGAUACACAGAAAUAACGAACACCAAAAACCAACAAAACGAAAACAUGAUUACCCUACUGAUCUCCUUUCUAAAUGAAUUCAAAUCCCUCAUUAACUCACUUAUCUCACUUUUAAAAACAGUCAUCGACAAAUUAAUAGUAAAAAAUGUCAAAUGUUAACAAUCAAACUCCUCCUUUAUCAAUACUACUCUGGAACGCAAGUGGAAUAACCCACAAUAAAAAUGAACAUUAACACUUACUCUACGACAAAAAAAAAUAAAUAUCGCUCAAAUUACAGAAACUUAGCUAAUACCAAAGGAACAUUUCAACAUACCAGAUUAUACAUCACAUCGAACAGAUCACCCCUAUGAAGAUCUUAAUAUCCACCAUGUUAUUACACUAAAAAAAACAAAAAAAAAAAAAAACGGUCCCUAUAUUAUCAACCCAUCAAAUUAAUUAGGAAGUACUGUUGAUAAACGGUUUUC